AAAAAAAGCGUGGCACGCCCACCCUCACACCAAGCCCACAAGAGAAGCUGCCAGCACCACAACACACCACCAAAACACACACCCCAAGCAAGCUGGCUGCCAGUGGCUUGGCUAUCGCUGUCGCGGGCAUUCUCAUCGACCCAACAUCGCAUCCAACACUCCAGCACCGCGUCAUGUACAAGCUGCUUCUUGCUUCGGCGGCGCUCCUCGUCGCCACGGCCUCUGCCGAGGUCUUCUUCCAGGAGUCCUUUGGUGAUGGCUGGGAGGACCGCUGGGUUGUGUCCAAGCACAGCGACGACUAUGGCAAGUGGGACGUGACGGCCGGAAAGUACUACAACGACGCCGAGGAGGACAAGGGCCUUCACACCACGCAGAACGCCAAGUUCUACGCCAUCAGCGGCCGCUUUGACGACUUCUCCAACAAGGACAAGGAGCUGUACGUGCAGUUUGUGGUGAAGCACGAGCAGAACAUCGACUGCGGUGGCGGCUACGUGAAGCUGUUCCCCGCCAGCCUGGACCAGGAGGACAUGCACGGCGAGUCCCCCUACAACGUCAUGUUUGGCCCGGACAUCUGCGGCCAGGGCACGCGCAAGGUGCACGUCAUCCUCAACUACAAGGGCGAGAACGUGCAGACGAAGAAGAGCAUCCCCUGCAAGUUUGACGAGGCCAGCCACCUGUACACGCUCGUGCUCAAGCCCGACAACACGUACGAGGUCCGCAUCGACGGCGAGAAGGUUGAGGGCGGCAGCAUCGAGGAGGACUUUGACAUGCUUCCCCCCAAGAUGAUCAAGGACCCCAGCGUGAGCAAGCCCGAGGACUGGGUCGACGAGAAGGAGAUCCCGGACCCCGAGGACGAGAAGCCCGAGGACUGGGACCAGCCCGAGCACAUCCCCGACCCGGAUGCGGAGAAGCCCGAGGACUGGGAUGACGAGAUGGACGGCGAGUGGGAGCCCCCCAUGAUCCCCAACCCAGAGUACAAGGGCGAGUGGAAGCCACGCAUGAUCCCCAACCCAGAGUACAAGGGCGAGUGGGAGCACCCCAUGAUCGAGAACCCCGAGUACGAGCCCAACGACUCGCUGUACGCCUACGACAGCUUUGGCGUCCUUGGCUUCGACCUGUGGCAGGUCAAGGCCGGCACCAUCUUUGACGACGUUCUCAUCACCGACGACAGCUCCGCCGUGGACGCCGCCGUCGAGCACUUCAAGCAGCGCGCCGAGGGCGAGGCUGCCAUGAAGAAGGCCGAGGAGGAGGCUGAGGCCGCAAAGAAGGCAGCGGAGGAGGCAGCCGCCAAGGCGCAGGAGGCCGAGGAGGAGGACGACGAGGAUGAGGAUGAGGAGGAAGAUGACGAGGAGGAGGACGAGGACGAGGAGGCCCACGACGAGCUCUAGACGUGUUGCUCAUGGACGUGUCUUUGUGUUGUUGUCCAGUUUGUGUUUGCUUGUUUGUUGUCUGGCUGCCUGUUCAUGUCUUGGCGAUUCGAGGCGUUUUAGGCACUGCUUCGUCAUUCCACGUAUCCAUCUGCAACCCUGUACUCUUUGCUCUCUCUCUCUCUCUCUCUCUCUCUCUCUCUCUCUCUCUCUCUCUCGCAUAUCCUUCACAGCUACACGCGCUGCGUGUUUUCGUGUUGUCUUUUGUCUGACACCUUAUACUCUGUGUCCUUGGUUGUGCCGUGGCCCGCCCAUACAUGCCCAAGCUUACAAUUGCGAAGAUAAAACGCGACGCGAAGA